CAAGUCGUGACGCCGUGUUGUAGUCUGUCAGCUGUUAGCACAGCACAGCCCAACACAGCACAGUGCAGCAAAGAGCUGGUGGAAUUUUUUUCCCCAUAUAUAUAUUAUAGAGGAUACAUCUCAGGAUGGAUAUUCGCGGGGCUGUGGACGCUGCAGUCCCCACCAACAUCAUUGCUGCAAAGGCAGCAGAGGUUCGGGCCAAUCUGGUCAACUGGCAGUCUUAUCUUCAGAGUCAGAUGAUCUCUGCAGAGGACUGUGAGUUCAUCAAAAAGUUUGAGGUGGCCAACUCUGAGGAGAAACAAGUUAUUUUGACCAGUGAGGGACAUCAGUGUGCAAAGACAUUUCUGAACCUGAUGGCCCACAUCUCCAAGGAGCAGACAGUCCAGUACAUCCUGACUCUGAUCGAUGACACACUGCAGGAAAACCAUCAGAGAGUGAAUAUCUUCUUUGACUACGCCAAAAAGCAGAAAGACACCGCCUGGUCCUACUUCCUCCCAAUGCUGAAUCGUCAGGACCUCUUUACUGUCCACAUGGCGGCAAGGAUCAUUGCUAAGCUGGCUGCCUGGGGCCGUGAUCUGAUGGAGGGAAGUGAUCUGAAUUACUACUUCAACUGGAUCAAAAGUCAACUCAGUUCACAGAAUCUACAUGGUACAGGUCCAGAAUCAGGCACAGGAGCAGGAACUAUUUCCCCCAGUGAAGUGAGUAUGAGUGAAGUGCCUCUCCAUUCACUCUGGCACCUGCAGGAAAAAAAUGGCAGGAGCUCUCAGUAUGUUCAGUGUGUGGCUGGGUGCCUCCAGCUGAUGCUGAGGGUCAAUGAAUAUAGGUUUGCCUGGGUGGAGGCUGAUGGAGUCAACUGCAUCACAGCAGUGCUGAGCAACAAGUGUGGCUUCCAGCUCCAGUACCAGAUGAUCUUCUGUGUGUGGCUCCUGGCCUUCAGUCCUCAGCUUUGUGAGCAGUUGAGACGCUACAACGUAGUGCCAGCCCUGUCUGACAUCCUCCAGGAGUCUGUCAAGGAGAAGGUCACUCGAAUCAUUCUGGCUGCCUUCAGGAAUCUUCUAGAGAAAUCUGCUGAAAGGGAGACACGACAGGAAUAUGCUUUGGCAAUGAUUCAGUGCAAAGUCCUGAAGCAGCUGGAAAAUCUUGAGCAGCAGAAGUACGAUGACGAGGACAUCACUGACGACAUUAAGUUCCUGCUGGAGAGGCUGGGAGAGAGUGUGCAGGAUCUCAGCUCGUUUGAUGAAUACAGUUCUGAACUCAAGUCUGGCCGUCUGGAAUGGAGUCCUGUUCACAAAUCGGAGAAGUUCUGGCGUGAGAACGCUGUCCGCCUGAAUGAGAAGAACUACGAGCUCCUUAAGAUCUUGACAAGGCUGUUGGAAGUUUCUGAUGAUCCUCAGGUUAUAGCAGUUGCAGCUCAUGAUGUUGGAGAAUAUGUUCGACACUAUCCACGUGGUAAACGGGUGAUUGAGCAGCUGGGUGGAAAACAGCUGGUGAUGAAUCAUAUGCACCACGAGGACCAGCUAGUCCGUUACAACGCCUUGUUGGCCGUGCAGAAGCUGAUGGUCCACAACUGGGAGUACCUGGGCAGGCAGCUCCAGUCCACUGACCAGCAGCAGGCUCCAGCUGUGGCAGCUCGAAGCUAAACUCUUCGUGUGUUUGUGUAUUAUUGUGUGGAUGAGUUUAAAUUGUACGUACAUUGGUUCAGCUUCUCAUUUUAUGUAAUGACUUGAAAGAUCAAACAGUGCGGUUUCCAGCUACCCCUUAAAUGAUCCUAAAUGUGACUUGAUUGUGCUUUGUGUUGUAUCCAGUGUUCAGUGAUGUUUAAAAGUGGCACUUUGUCUGUGAUAACGUACAAAAAGAAGUUAUUUAAGUCUUACAUGUAAAACAUCAUAUGAAAUUCCAAUAAAGAGGUUUACCUGUG